UUGCUGGCGAUGGUGCUGGGUUCUGAGACAUUGGAGGACUUGAUGUUAGGUUCUGACACAUAAUUGAAGGACUCGACGCUGGGCUCUGAGCCGUGGGAGGCCUGAGACCUCGGUGAGACGCGGUACUGAAAUUGUAACGUAGGGUUUGGAAAUUGAAAUAGUGAAGAAAGAGAAAAUCUGACACCCAUGCUCACGUUGAAAGAAGAUUAGAAGUUGCUACAUAUUAGCAGAUCUAGUUCUUCUGGAAUUACAGUUGUAAUCUCUUUACCAGGAGUGCAGCUGCAGAUAUCUUUCCUCGCUUCUACUUUAAAUCAUCGAUCCGUAUAACUAUAAAUCUUCCACCAGGUCGUCCAGGGUCAGCCUUGCGAUCACUUGCGACCACCUUAUGCUUUUUGGAUGGGUUCUUUUAGUCUUUCUCUGGGAUCGCGAGGUUAGGAUAAAGAGGAAUUGCGCCGGCCAAUCAGCCUCGCGGAAUAAGAGUGGUCAUCGAUGA